AUGGCGAGCAGCAGCAGCUACGUAUACACAAGCUCCGGGUCCAACAUCCAGGGUAACCCUAACGGCGCCCGCGAUCAGGGCAGCAGCUCUUCGAACCCGAACUUGUACCACUACACCAAUACAAGCGAAACGCGCCACUACUCCAAUCCGAGGAGCAGCGCGCAUUUCAACAAGAGCAACGGCGGGACGACGUAUACCUCGGCCAGCGGGUACCGAACAUGCUCAGGGUACGGCAAGAAGUAG